AAGUUUCACUCUCGAGAAGCUCGAAAAAAUGCAACAAGAAGCCCAAAAGGCACAAACAGAAAGUCCAAAACAAGAGUGAGUUCAGUCAAGAUGAAUUACGGACCUUUGAUCUCCAAAAUUCUACUAUCGUUCAUUCUUGCCGCCACAGUUCUGUAUAGAUAUGGCAACUGGUUCAGGCACCACAUUAUUGUAACUCUCAUUGUGUUACUAGCUUGGUACUUUAGUUUCCUUAUUAUAUUCGCGCUGCCUUUGGAUGUGAUUUCAACCGUUUAUCGUCAGUGCAAAGAAGAACAUGACAUACCCGCUGUAAACGCUUCUUUGCACGCAAAUUUCACAAAUAAAGAAAAAUGCGAGGAGCCUUGGAGCCAAGUUCCCGACGAGGUUUUUCCAAAUUUGUGGCACACGGUCUACUGGAGCACCCAAUGCCUAACUUGGCUUGUGAUGCCAAUGAUGCAGUCAUACAUCAAAGCGGGUGACUUCACGGUCAAAGGCAAGCUAAAAUCGGCCAUAAUCGACAACGCCAUCUAUUACGGCUCCUACUUGUUAAUCUGCGGCGUCUUGCUUAUUUAUCUAGCCUUAAAACCAGGUAUAGACUUAGACUGGUCAAAACUGAAAGCUAUCGCUUCCUCGGCGAGCAAUACGUGGGGUUUGUUCCUCCUGGUGCUACUAUUUGGAUACGCUUUGGUGGAAGUUCCUAGGACGCUCUGGAACAACUCGAAUCGUAGCUUCGUACUUACGCGUUCUUAUUUUAAGGCAGCUAAACUUAGCUCUGAUAAGUGCGAGGCGGAGGAGACCGUCGACGAUGUGCUCGAGUCGUUGCAAGCCGUUUCUUUGGCGGUGCCUCCAGGACAUCCGCUUCACCUGAACUUGGAGACUAUUUUACAAAAGGUGCCUACGGAGUUGAGGGAUAGGAUGAGUCGACGGCAACUGCCGGAUGACACGCCCACAGAUGUUCCUACUGAGAAGGCUCUGAUCAGGCUGCACAAACAGACUAUAAAGUCACUACAAGUACUUCAAAGAACGGAAACGCAGUGGAACCUCCUAGUCGAGAAAAUCUUCGAUUUAGAAGACACUUUAAAAAACCAAAUUUCUCGAGACAGACGCUUUAAGCGCACAUUUCAAAAGCCGCGCACAUAUUUAAGAAGGUUUUUGUACGUCCCGAUCGUUGAAUGGUACUGGAAGUGUGUAGUGUAUGGCUACACCCAGAAGCUACUAGCCGUUUUAGCUGGAAUUUUUUCGGUCGCUGUCGUCUGGUCGGAAGUGACUUUCUUCAACAAAGAGCCAGUUUUAUCUAUUUUUGCUCUUAUAAUAGUAAACUGGGCCAAGUUUAACUAUGACUACUUUACUAUAGAGCUAUUAUCGACGAUAAUAAUUUUGUACUUGUGCUAUUGUGCCUAUUCCACAGUACUCAAAAUAAAGCUCCUCAAUUUGUAUUACUUGGCACCUCAUCACCAGACAAACGAGUACAGUUUAAUAUUCUCGGGGAUGAUGUUAAGUCGUUUGACGCCGCCACUGUGCUUAAACUUCUUAGGCCUGAUCCACAUGGACAGCCACAUUAUAAAAAAGCAAGUCAUGGAGACGCAGUACACGCAAAUCAUGGGUCACAUGGACGUCAUCGCCAUUAUUUCAGACGGCUUCAACGUCUAUUUUCCAAUGGCGAUUUUAGUUUUUUGUUUAGCGACGUAUUUCAGCGUAGGGUCGAGACUCUUGUCAAUGUUAGGUUUCCACCAGUUCAUCGGUGACGACGAAAUGACUACCGAUUUAGUGGAAGAAGGCCGCGAGUUAAUCAAAAGAGAGAAGCGCAAGCGUCAACGUUCGGAAGAGUCGUCGUCGAGACGAAGAGAAUUUAACGAGCGAUUCCCCACUACAGGCAGGUAUAGGCAGAGAGGCAGCAACGAUACAAUACGUCCGAUGACCCAGUUGGAGAAUUUGGAUGGUACUCGAUCGAACUUGCUGCAAGAGUCGCACCCUUUGGAGUCCUACGACGGCACUCGGUAUACCACCGAAGUGGACACCCGGUUUCCCCCCGAUACGGAUGAUAUUGACGCUCGAUUCGGAGCUAGUACGAGAAUUAACGAGCGAUAUACCAGCUCGCGCGAGCUGGAACCGAGAUUCUCCGAUAAUUACCAGUUGGAUAGCAACUAUCGACGGGUUGGGGCGCCCCCUCGUGGCAUUUUCGAUGACGUUUAAUAAUUUUAAGUAAACAUUCUAAGUCAUUUGUUAUUUUUUGUAUUAUGUUAAAAAGUUAUAUUUUUAUAUUGUUUAUAAGCGGUUUAGUUGGAUAGUAGUUUACAUUUAACACCGUAGAAGAGUCCAUACGUUCCAUCUUUCUCUAAUGUAGCGUAGUAGUUUGUCAACUUUUUACCCGAUAGUAAUUACUGUUGGAUGUAACCUUCAAAUAAAAACAGUUUACCAGAAUAA